AUGUUGCAAUAAUUCUUGAAUAUGGGAUUCACUCAGUAAUAGAUUUUGAAGGCUUAACAAAUUUGCAAGUAAUAUAGAAACUUAGAGAUUUUGGAUGUGCUUCUGAAAAAUGUUUAGUCUCCAAUAAAAGAUUAAUCUCAAUAACAAUCCCAAUCCCAGAUUUUGAGGGAAUUGUCAUUUGAUGUUUUGACUCCUGAUCAACGAUUGCGAUAAAAGGGAAUACCUGUAGGAUUGAAAAAUUUGGCUAAUGGUUUUAGUGAUAUUUAUGUUAGUUUGCUAUUUGAAUUCUCUGGUUUAGACAUAUUUUCAUAACCCAAUCUUUGUGAAGGAGAUAUUGAGCUUUAAAUACCCUGUGCAAUUGAAUUUCGAGGAUCUCUUAAACAAGAAUGA